AUGGACACCACACCAGAUAUUAACCACUGUGAACAACUUUCUAUUAUAAUAAGAAUUGUACAGAUCGAUUUUGAAAAUGAAUCUAGCUGUUCUGAAAUAAAAGAAUAUUUCAUGGACUUUGUAAAUGUUAGCUCAACUACUGGAAUGGAUUUAUCAAAUAUUUUGAUUGACAAAUUUAAAGAGUAUGGUCUCAACAUACAUAACAUUCGAGGACAGGCUUACGAUAAUGGGGCAAAUAUGGCAGCACAUAGUCUUAACCUCUGUCUCAAGGAUGCUGGAGGAAAUUCUUCUAUGGCUCAAUUAUUUUUUGGAAUGAUUGAAAGGAUUUAUGUUUUAUUUUCAGCAUCAAUAAACAGAUGGGAGAUUUUAAAAAAACAUUGUAAUAAGCUUUCUAUAAAAAAAUGGACAGAAACCCGAUGGAACAGUCGUGUAAACGCUGUGAAAGCUAUUCGAUUCCAAUUAAACGAAGUUAUAGAAGCUUUGGAGGAGAUUUCGGAUACAACAAAUGAUUUAAAAAUAAAAAAAAACUAUAGAGAAAAUGGAUAUGGAUUAGCUAAAGUUAAAGCAGAAGAAAUUAUAUCACCAAUGGGAAUUGAAAUAAAAAUUGGAAAGUUGAAAAGUAUGGGAGAAGAAGAGUUAUUUAAACAUUGUCAAGAUUUACAAAUAACACUCACAGAUGGUGAAUCCUCAGAUAUUGAUGCAACUGAUUUAUGUAGUGAGUUGAUCAUUUUUCGCACUAUGGUAAAUGAAAAUACUACUGCCAUUAUUCAAGCUCUAAGGAUUCUUAAAACAUCUUGUGGUUCAUUUCCUAAUAUAAACAUUGCACUUAGAAUCCUAUUGACUAUCCCCGUGGCAUCUGCAGGUGCAGAAAGGGCUUUUUCGAAAUUGAAAAUUAUUAAAAACUAUCUUCGUAGUACCAUUUCUCAAGACAGACUUUCUGGCUCCAAUAUAUUCCAACUGGAAAUACAAUAUCUUUAUUGGGUCUUAUAUAGCACAGAAUGGGCCAAAAACAACUUCCAGAACUUUGACUAA